UCGAUCUCUCUUCGCUAGACCACCUUCGUCUCCCUCGUUCGACCAAAGUCCUCUCUCCAAUAAUGCAUUCUCCAUCAACCGUUCGAUGGUGGAUUCCAUCCGCAAGAGACACCCGACUAAAGCUCUCUCCCUCUUCAAGAAGCAGCUCCAGCUGGGCUUUCCUGGCGACGUCGACGAGGCCACCAUCUCCCUGGCGCUCAAGGCCUGCAAUGGAGACCUCGGGCUAUGUCGCCAGGUCCAUGGCUUCGCCAUCUCUUCUGGGUUUGUUUCGUUCACCACGGUUUCGAACUCUCUGAUGAAUGCUUAUGCUAAAGGUGGGAACUUUGACCGAGCUCUGUACAUCUUCGAGAACUUGGAGCGGCCCGACACCGUUUCUUGGAAUACCGUUCUAUCUGGUUUCCCGGAUGGUGAAGACGCGUUGGGUUUCGGUGUUAGGAUGAAUUCGAGUGGGGUUGGUUUCGAUGCGGUUACAUGCACUACUUUGCUUGCUAUUUGCUUGGAUUACGAAGGGUUCCUGUUCGGACUGCAGUUGCAUGGUCUAGCGAUUAAAUUUGGAUUGGAUACUGAAGUUUUUGUGGGCAACGCUCUUAUAACUUUGUAUUCGAGACAGGACAUGCUGGAACAUGGCAGGAAGGUGUUUGAUGAAAUUCCCAGUAGGGAUAUGGUUUCGUGGAAUGCGAUGAUAUCGGGCUACACGAAAGAAGGAAGUUAUGGGGCGGAGGCGAUACGGUUGUUUAUUGAAAUGGUGAGGGAAGGCAUGAAGCUUGAUCAUGUCUCAUUUACUAGCGCUGUUUCGGCUUGUGGCUAUGAGAGAAAUUGGGAGCUUGGGAGACAAAUUCACGGCCUGACGAUAAAAGUUGGAUAUGAGAAGCAAGUCUCUGUUGGUAAUGUUUUGAUCUCUAAUUAUUUGAAGUCUGAGGCCGUGGAGGAUGCCAAAUUGGUAUUCAUGAACAUGAGCGAGCGAAAUGUUGUCUCGUGGACUACAAUGAUCUCCAUGGAUGAAGAUGCCGUGUCUCUUUUCAAUUAGAUGAGAGUGGAUGAAGUUUACCCAAAUGAUGUUACAUUCGUUGGACUUCUGCAUUUCAUAACAAAUAACAAUUUGGUCAAAGAAGGCGAAGAGAUUCACGGAUACUGCUUAAGGACUAGUUUUUGCUCAGAGUUGAAUGUUUCCAAUAGCCUCAUCACAAUGUAUGCAAAAUUUGGAACCAUGGAAAAUUCGUUGAAGAUUUUUGAAGAGCUCAACUAUAGAGAAAUCAUAUCUUGGAAUUGCUUUGAUAUCUGGGUACACCCAAAAUGGACAGUGCCAGGAAGCAGUCGAGACUUUCUUUUCGGCGACAAAAGAGCUACAGCCUAAUGCAUACACAUUCGGCAGUGUACUGAGUGCCAUAGGAGCUGCUGAGGCUAUUUCUUUGAGGCAUGGCCAAAGAUGCCAUUCCCAUCUAGCAAGGAAUGAAGGUUAUUGUGGCUAUAAGAAAAGUUUUUCAAUUUUUACCUUUCUAUCAAGGAAGGGUCACUAGGCACACUUGUGAAU